GCAAGCCCAACCCACACCGCAAGAAACAAAGCUCCAAUCUUUCCCCCUUCCGCCGCUGUCGCCGCGUCUCCUCCCCGAUCCCCAAUCCCCGAUCCGUCCGUCCGCCCCCACCCCCAGCCCGGAUCCAGGCGAUGGCGGCCGCGGGAGACGCCGGCGAGAAGAAGAUGGUGACGCUCAAGAGCUCGGACGGGGAGGAGUUCGAGGUGGAGGAGGCGGUCGCCAUGGAGUCGCAGACCAUCCGGCACAUGAUCGAGGACGACUGCGCCGACAAUGGCAUCCCGCUCCCCAACGUCACCUCCAAGAUCCUCUCCAAGGUCAUCGAGUACUGCAACAAGCACGUCCAGGCCAAGCCCGCCGACGCCGCCGCCGCCGCGCCCGACGCGGCGGCGCCCCCCGCCGAGGACCUCAAGAACUGGGACGCCGAGUUCGUCAAGGUCGACCAGGCCACCCUCUUCGACCUCAUCCUGGCCGCAAACUUCCUCAACAUCAAGGGGCUGCUGGACCUGACCUGCCAGACUGUUGCGGACAUGAUCAAGGGCAAGACCCCGGAGGAGAUCCGCAAGACCUUCAACAUCAAGAACGACUUCACGCCCGAGGAGGAGGAGGAGAUCCGCAGGGAGAACCAGUGGGCCUUUGAGUAGAGGCGUUUGAAUAGAGGAGCAUGUAGGAUGAACAAUGCUUAGUAUUCGUCAUGUUUGCGUUUUAGCGCCUUUUUUUAUGUCGCCAUAAUGGUUUCAUCGAACAGCCUGAGGUAUUGCUCGUGUGAAA